AUGAUAAAAGGUGGUAAGCGUUAUUUUUCAAAGAGCAACGAUGGCAAAUGGUUUGCUCAUCCAGAUGUGCCAAAAAAUGAGACAAGGAAUCGAGAGACUUAUACAAGCACUGGGCUCAUGCUGACUCAGGUUAAAUCAUCACUGCCUCAGGCUUUGAACUUUGAGCGCUAUCCGAAAUGGAAAACUCAGCAGAAAUCCAGAGAGUAUCCAUUUUCAGACCAUGACAACAAGCGUGCCUUUAAAGACAAUGUCAUUGUGUUCGCUGAAGAUGUGGGACGUAGAAAGGUUCUUGAUGACCACAGACAGCACAACUCCCACUUCUGCCUCUGCCAUGAUGGAGCUGACAGCAGCACUGAAGACACCAGUAAGGACCUCAUGGCCUACCGGACUGGCUUAAUGGUGGAACAAGCUGUUAACGUUCCAACCAUCAACAGACGGUUCCCACGCAACCACAAGAAAAAGUCUGAAGAGGCAGCUUUGGCACAGGCAGGGGAGCAGUUCAUGUGGUUUGGACGACACGACUCUGACUUCUCUGAGACUCUGCAAGUGCUGGCAGCUACCAACUGCCCAGCACCUUCCAGGACUCCUACGUUAAAGCACUAG